AUGAAAGUCGAAAUCCAACCUUACAACCCACAGUGGCCAAUCAAAUUCCGCGAGAUAAAGAGCAAACUCCAACAAAUCCUGGCUGAUGUGUCGAUUAUUUCAAUCGAGCACGUCGGAAGCACUUCAGUCCCAUAUCUCCGAGCUAAGCCUGUCAUCGACAUCGACAUCAUUAUCCAACCGGCUUUCCUCUCAGCAGCACGGAGCGCUUUGAGUGAUUCGGGGUACACCGAUUGCGGGGAGAUGAAUGUCCCAGGGCGAUUUGCCUUUCGAGAACCAGGAUACGGAAGGUACGACGGCGCUCACGGCUUGGGUAGGAACGGCGAACUGCGACAUAACACAUAUAUCAUUAUUGAAGGCUGUCCCGCUUUGAGAAACCACCUCGAUGCAAAACGAAUCUUGCUUGAAGAUGAGAACCUGCGCGAGGAAUAUUCUACGGCCAAAUGUAUGCUGGCAGAAGGAGAUUUUGAGGAUAUCGGCCAGUAUGCUUGUGCCAAAACGGAAAUUCUCUGCAAGAUUUUGCGGAAGGCUGGGUGGAGUGAAGAGGAUUUGGAGGCUGUGAUUCAAGCUAACACCUGA